GAUUGGCCUCUGAAAGGAAAUUACAGAAACUACAGCUGGGAGAGGAACAAGGAAAGGCUCAGCUUAAGGAUUUGGUUGAAACUUUGGAAAGCAGAGAUAAAAGCAAAAUCAGAUCCAGGUGUGAACACGCGAGUCGAGGAGAUUUCUGUGGUGGUUCUCAGGUGAUUUUUAUGUUAAGAGUCCUCAUCCUCCCGAGCCAGCGAGAGACUGUUGGUGACACCAAGUAAAAGUUUGGAGGAGAAGAUAUGGCGGAGGCACCAAAGGUUGAACUUUUUGUCAAGGCAAGCGACGAUGGAGAAAGUGUUGGUAACUGUCCGUUCUGUCAGCGGCUCUUUAUGAUACUUUGGCUGAAAGGGGUCAACUUUACCCUAACCACAGUGGAUAUGAAGAGAGCACCCGAGGUACUAAAGGACCUGGCUCCGGGUUCUCAACCCCCGUUUCUCAUCUACAACGGAGAGGUGCGCACUGACACCAACAAAAUCGAAGAGUUUCUGGAAGAGACCCUCGCACCCCCACACUAUCCCAAAUUAUGCUGCCGAUACAAGGAGUCUAACACAGCCGGAGAUGAUAUCUUCCACAAAUUUUCAGCAUACAUUAAAAAUCCCAAUCCUGGACUUAAUGACAUGUUGGAGAAGAAAUUUCUAAAGAGCUUAAUGAUGUUGGAUCAGUAUCUGUUGACCCCUCUUCCCUACGAACUGGACAAAAAUCCAAACUCGGCAAAGUCACAAAGGACCUACCUGGACGGAAAUGCACUCUCUCUUGCAGACUGCAACCUUCUACCAAAACUGCACAUUGUUAAGGUGGUGUGCAAGAAAUACCGUGGUUUUGAGAUCCCACCAGCACUAAAGGGCCUGACAAAAUAUUUAGAAAAAGCAUACCAAGAGGAUGUGUUUAGCCUUACCUGUCCAAAAGAAAAGGAGAUCCUACUUGCCUACCAUUCAGUGGCUAAAUAUCUCAACAAGUAAAACUGGACUUCAAAGGGGAAGGAGAAAAAAUGGGUCAAAAAUUGCUUGGAAUGUGUUUAUGCGUUCAAGAUGUCUAAUGUAUAACCUGUAUUGUAAAUCACGUUUUAUUGAUAUGGGACUUGAUAUGGUAUGAACCGGUGGAGGUUUUUAUUAUAUCUUUUUUAUUAUUUUUAGAAACCACAUUUGUGAAUAUCAGUUUUCCUGCCUUAUCAUGCCAUUUUUAGUAUUUAAAUGUAUGUCAUUUUUUUGUCCCUGCUUUAAAUGUAUGCCUUCUGUUUGAUGUGCACUCUCAUGAAAUAGUAUGCUUUUAUUAAGACUGUGUGUAAUGAGAUGUAAUUUGAAAAUCUACCCCGUGAGAACAAAACAGAAAAAAGCACUACCGUAGACUACUAAUGAGAUGUUACCGAUGUCAAAAGACAUUUAAUGCUUGUAAGGAAAAACUUUUGAAAUGUUUAAUAUGUAACUACUAAAACAAACAGCUUGCGAACAAAUAAAGUCCUUAUGGGAAAAUGUGUAA